AUGGCAACACCGGGUGGCCCCUCUCUGUUGCCCGGCUACGCCGUUGCCAUGGAGAUGCGGGCGCAGGAUGCUGCAGCCGGGAGCUCUGAGUCUGUCCGGCUCCAACUCCCAGUCACGGGGCGGCGUCCGACCUUCCGCCGCCCGACUGAGGAGCCCGUCAGUGAACUUGGGGAAAAGACCACGGGCUUCGCCAGAAGCUGUUUAGCUGAUUAUAAUAGUGGCAUAAAUGCCGCCAUAACUUACACUGCUGGGAAUGGCAAGUAUCUGCGGAUCAACACCAACCGAUGCAACAACGCAGAUAACUGUAACUCGGGCACACUGGCAGUGCCCACGGUGGACGCUGCCGCGAAUGGGCUGCAGUGCCCAACCUGCUUUGCUCUGAACUCCGAUCCCUGCGACAGCCAAAUCACCCCUUGUACAGGGGAUGAGAAAUAUUGCAUCGAUUUCGCUGGGACCCUAACAAAAGGUUCAACUGUUUCAACAUUUGUUGCAAAAGGCUGCGCUACUGCGUCCACAAAAGACAUUCAACCUGGAACCUCCCUGGUUUCUGCAGUCUACACAUUCAUGUUCACAAAGGUGAGCUCCCAAGCUGCAGAGAAAAUAACCCCCACCACCAAACCACCCGCCGCCGCCACCAAACCAACUACUGCCACCACCAGUGGGGCCAGCCCGGCUCUGGGGAGAUUCUCCUUCGCCCUCUACCUGCCUGGCCUGACUGGGCUGCUGCUGGUGAAGCUGCUCGCCUGACCCCCGCCCAGCACGGCCCCCGCAGCACCUGAUUCCUGUGCGUUGCAGCCCGAGCUCGGAAUCGAACGUUAAUUCUAUUGAUUACUUACAAAUUCCCAAUGAUCACUCGGAGGUCUGGCAGGCUCUAGUUCUAAGAUCGGGGCUGGUAUCAUAAAAUUGCAGUUCAGUUGGGAACAACGGUCGCAGCCCUCGCACUGGAGGAACCUUCUGUGUUUCUAAUCGUGGAUCACACAUUUAGCAGAGUCCCAAAGGCUCCAGCCCAGGAAGGGGGACAGCGGUAACACAGAAUGUCCAUCUGAACCGCCCGUUCUCGCACUGCCCCUUGCAGAACAACCGGAAAUGUUAGUCAUUAUCUUCCUCCUCACCAGCACCUUCCUCCUCUUCACCCGGGGCCGUGAUCCGGG